UUAAAGAGUUACUCUCUGUGUUUCUCCCCGGUUCAUUUUACAGGGGGAACCUACCGGAAGUCAUUGGUCCAUUGCUGUGCUACGAAGUCCUCGAGGAUCGGCAUAUUAUUUAUAUCCCCUGCCUUCGCUCUUGAGCUGUUUACAUUUUAUCGAAGCCUCCGGAACUCUCAUCUCAGCGAGAAUGACCGACAGAUACAACAUCCAUAGUCAACUGGAGCAUCUUCAGUCCAAGUACAUCGGCACAGGACACGCUGACACCAGCAAGUGGGAAUGGCUGGUCAACCAGCACAGAGACUCUUACUGCUCCUACAUGGGACAUUUUGACCUGCUCAACUACUUCUCCGUUGCUGAGAACGAGAGCAAAGCGCGUGUCCGCUUCAACCUGAUGGAGAAGAUGCUUCAACCAUGUGGACCACCAGCAGACAAACCUGAUGAUGCCUAGAUUACACUGGAGUGACCGGUGGAUCCCCCCCACAAUAUUUUUGUAGUAUUUGGGUUUUUUUGUUGGACAUUCAACUUAGUUUUCUGCCAGACAUAUUCAAUGUUAUGCUCUAUUUCUAUUUCUGACCAUAAAAUUAGAACUGCUGCUACAGCCUUGUAUAACCCUGCCAACACUGAAUGGAUUGUCCACUUACACAGUAUAAGAUACCUGGACACCCAUCUUUAUAUUGUUUGCAUCUGGACCACUGAAAAACACUGUUUUUUGCCCCAUACAGCUCUGCAGCUUUCAGGGAAAUUAACGACAAAGGAGAGUAGGAAGGACUUCAAGAUCUAAACAGUCACCAGAGAAGAUAAUAGAAAACAUGUACAAAGUGGUGUACUAUCAUUUGUCAAGUAUUUGUAUUAACUGAUGGAGCUGUAUUCUUGAUAGAAAUUUCUGUUUUGAUUUAAUUAAAAUUUGUCUUUCUCUA